AUGAGUCAUCUUCCAGGAGUAUUGUUUUUCUGGAAAGAUCUGGAAAGACCAAUUGAUAUGAUACUUCUCCAGUCAGAUCAGUCCAAGAGUUUUGGUAAAGAAGAACAUUUAUGCUAUUGGGAGAUCCGUUUGACUGGAAUAGCUGAGGAUAUUAUUUUAUCCUUCAGUCUUACUCUCAGAUUCAGCAGUAAUCAAUACUCAUUCACAACACAAACAAUGAAAGAAGAGAUGAGCUCACUGCGAGCAUACAUCUGCUGCCUGAUUGAACAUACUAUUGGCUCAUACAGAACAGCAAUUGAGUCGAGAAAAGAGCCAGAAAAAAAUAUAGAAAAUGUUUUAUUUCGCAAGACUGAGAUAUGUCAUUACCUCUGUGGUCAGUCUGCUGUUCUGAAACCAACCAAUAGAAGAACCAGCAAUUUCGAGGUUGUGAGUGAUGAUGUUGCUAGUUCCCAGCUUUGGUCUAGCCUAACAAGAAUAUCUCUUGGUACUGUGGCAAGGGAAACCGGCAUAGAUCAUGAGUCCAGUCCUUAUUUGACAGCAGACAUAUUUGAGCCAAUGAUCUUGUUGUGCUUGGAGGCCUGUGGGAGUAUGGAUUUGUUUGAAGAUUCUUCUCUCAUUCUGUCUUGGGAGAGAUGA